GCCACAACAAGAAAUCAAGAGACAGAAAGAGAAGGUAGUGCCUCAAGUCAUCUUCCGUCACUGACUGCAGUUCUGGGAUUUUCUUUCAGAGGAAGAAUUAAACAAUGACAGGUCUUCUAGACAGUUUUGAGAGCCAGUUUGUGGAUGCCCAUAAUGACUACCGCCAGAAGCACGGUGCCCCGCCCCUAACACUGAGUAGAGACCUUUGUAACUCCGCCCAGAAAUGGGCAGAUCAUCUUCUGUCAUCAAAGUGCCUGGAACACAGCUCCACAGAUGAUGGAGAAAACAUUUUCUAUGCAUCCAGCUCUGUUCCCAAAGAAUAUAAUGGGAAAGAACCAGUGGAUAAGUGGUACAGUGAAAUCAAAGAUUACCAUUUUGAUAAGCCUGGCUUCACCCCUGGUACAGGCCACUUCACCCAGGUGGUUUGGAAGGACUCUAGAGAAGUGGGAGUGGGUAUUGCCACAGAUGGGAAAACCAUCUUUGUGGUGGGCCAGUACAACCCAGCAGGCAACAUCAGCAACGAUGGCUACUUUGAGAAGAAUGUCCUUCCACUAGGCAGUUCCACCUCUAACUGACCCUCUAACUGACUGCUCUCAAAAUCGGGAAAACACACUUGUGAAUGUCUAUAUUCGAGUCAAUGAAACGAGUCAAUGUCUAUAUUGCAUCUCCUCAAAAUUGUAUUUUAAACUUAACUCAAAACAUACCCACAUUGGUAUUCUCAUUCCAAAGCUUAAGUAUGCAUUUAGAUCAACAUUUCACAUUCUUGUUUCCAAAUGUUACUAACCGGGAUGUGGAAUAAUGUCUUUGUGGCUGUAGAAUCUAGUGAUUCCACAAGCCAAACAGGUGCCAAUGGUUUCUUUUGCUCCUUUCUUUGGGUGCUGUUUUUGUUUCUCUUUUGUAAGACAGAUGUUUUUUAAUGAGUACUGCUUUUAAUAAAUGUUACAGCAAACAUAAGAAUAAUUUUUUUUUAAAAAUGU